UUAUUUUGCUUUCUCUGCAUCCAAGCAGACUUAAUCCGAGAAAAUUCCAUUCAACUGGUGGAACUCGGAUUCCUCUCGUCAAACACCAUUUCUUCAUACACCCCCCACUUCUCUUUCUAAUUCCUUCUCGGGAAACUAACUUUCUCUUUCAACACUGUUCUUCACGGACUUAUCCACUUCUUACCCUUUUUCUUCCCCAAUUAAUCCAUUUCCCGGACGUUGUUUGAUUUUGAUUUUGUGGGUUUUUUUCGUUGUGAUGAAUAGGCCUCAACAACAUCCCCAAUCUGGGGUUUUUUAUGAGAUUUCGUCUCUGCUUUUGAAAAUUCUACGAUCGCCGCCUCCUCCGGUGCCUUUUUCCGAUCAUGUUCUGGAACUAUCUUCCGCUAUUUCCUCAUCGUCCGGAAUUUUGCCUUCCUCUCAGAUGACCCCAGCUGGAUUCGCGGCGUUGCUUUUGGGGAUUUCGUUGGCUUUGAUGCUUUGUGGAUCGGUUACUUUCUUCCUUGGUUUCAUGUUGAUGCCUUGGAUUCUCGUUUCGGUGAUGAUUUUUUAUGUGGCUGGGAUUGUCUCUAGCCUCUCUAUGUUGGGUCGCUCUUUACUUUGUUGUUUCACCGCUCCAACGCCUCGGAAAGAUUUUCAUGGUUGGAAACAAAUGUAAAUAUGAAGAAACUUUUGUUCAACCAGACAGUUGAAUUAUUUACCGGAGGAUGGAGUGCAUGGGGCUUACAGGAUAAUCGGAGUAAAGAUGCCCUUGUGAAUGAAUGGUGCUGCCUCUAGAAAUUUAUAGGCAAGAUGAAGUUUGAAUGGUUUGCCACAGUUUGUUGUUUUUGAAGUUGUGGGAGUGACAUUGUGUUAAGAAUCUUCCUACUUUUGAGACUGUUCAGAGUCCAUUUCAUCCAUUGUUUUCUUCAAAUCUUUUGAUCAUAUGUAACUGCCACUGUUUGAAAUGCCUGUUAGGCAAUCAAAAAAAAAAAAAAAGGAUAUUGAAAUUGACAGCCUCGUUGUUUCGUUACAACACAGAAAUGCUCUUUUUCA